CGAAACGGAGCCCCAGUUUGGAUUCCAAGAAGCCAAGGAAAAAUUACAAGAGCGUCCUUGGCUCGAGGAUUCGUACAGCGAAUGGGUGGAACGGCUCAAGAUAACAGUGGAAUUGAUGUCAUCUUAGGUGUCUUCCCUUUUGUUAGGGAAUUGCUCUGUAGGGGCACGGAGGUUAUUUUGGCUUGCAAUUCAGGUCCUGCCCUGAAUGACGUCACGUAUAACGAAUCCUUGCUUGUGGCGGAAAGGAUUGCGACUAUGGAUGCCAUCAUUCGAACUGCCCUGAAGGAAGAGAGGCUCCUCUUGGUUCAGACAGGAUCCAGUUCGCCCUGCUUGGAUCUCAGCCGCUUGGACAAGGGCCUGGCCAGCUUGGUCCGAGAGCGGAAGACCGACCUGGUGAUCAUCGAAGGAAUGGGCCGGGCCAUCCACACCAACUACCACGCCAAGCUGAAGUGCGAGAGCCUUAAGCUGGCAGUGCUGAAAAACUCUUGGCUGGCCGACCGUUUGGGCGGGAAGAUCUUCAGCGUCAUUUUCAAGUACGAGGUCCCCCUCAAAUCCUCCUGAUGAACCCCCAGAGGGGGCACCCCGAAAGAGGCCGAGCUCCGACUUAGCCAAGGACUUGCACUAGUUACAAUUUUAAUGGUAAAGAAUGUAUUUUUAUUACCACAGGGAAAAUGAGUUCUCUCUCUCUCUCUCUUGCGCGCGCACACACACACCACACACCUCUGUAUUUAUAUUGUGCUUUUGUGACUUAAAAAGAAAGCAGCUAUCACUCACUCCA